AUGGAAGGAAGAGAAAAUCAGACGUAUGUGACUCACUUCAUCAUCCUAGGAUUCCAAAAUCUAAAGAAUCUGCAGAUCCUUGUUUUUCUUGCAUUCCUUGUUAGUUAUAUUGCAACAAUGGUAGGAAAUCUUCUUAUUGUUGUGACUGUGGUGGUUGAUCACCAUCUUCACACUCCUAUGUACUUUUUCCUUGGUAAUCUGUCUUGCUUAGAAAUCUGCUACAGCUCAACCCUCAUGCCUAUUUUAUUGACCACUCUAUUGAUGGAUGGAAAGACCUUAUCAUUCAGCAGCUGCUUCUUACAAUUAUUUCUUUUUGGCUAUUGUUUAGGGGCAGAAUGCUAUCUGCUGUCUGUGAUGUCCUAUGACAGGUAUUUAGCCAUAUGCAGGCCACUGCAUUAUGCAACAACUAUGAGCACCAGGAAAUGUGUCCAGUUAGCAUCAUUGUCCUGGACAAACGGCUUCAUAGGUAUUUCUAUAAUAAUGGUCGCAAUGCUACAGUUAACAUACUGUGGUCCUAAUGAAAUUGAUCAUUACUUCUGUGAUUCGGUUCCACUUAAAAAGCUUGCCUGCAGUGACACAGAUGUGGUUGAGCAUGUUAAUUUAGCACUGUUAUUUGUUUACACCAUGCCUCCAUUUCUGCUGACCCUCACAUCCUAUAUAUAUAUUAUAAGGGCCAUCCUAAGAAUCCCAUCCACUGCUGGGAGACAAAAGGCUUUUUCUACGUGCUCUUCUCAUCUCAUUGUUGUUUCUACUUAUUAUGGGUCUUUGAUAAGUGUCUACCUCUUACCACAGUCCUCUUCAAUGAACAAAGUUUUUUCUCUUCUGUACACAGUCCUUCCCCCUCUGGUCAAUCCACUCAUAUAUAGCCUGAGAAACAAAGAGGUAAAGAGGGCCUUCAGAAAGUUGACAAAAAGGAUAGUAACUUUAACAAUAUUUCAAAUUAUGCUACUUAACCUUGUUAGUGUUAAAAAUAAGUAG